ACGUGUUUGUGUGUGUAAAAAUGUCUGCCGGCGUAGCAGUGAAGAGACCCAAACUUGUGUCCUCUCAGGCCGAGGAGCGGGUGGACUGGAAGAAACGGAAAGCAGAGAAGAAAGAGGCUCAGAAGCAAAGAAAAGAGGCCAAACUGAUCAAACAGUUGGAAAAGCAGAAACAGCAAGAGGCUGCAGAGAAAGCAAAGCUUGAACAAAGCCAGAACAAGAAAGGUCCGGCUUACACCGUCAGUGUUGCUCUGCCAGGUUCUGUCCUGGACAACGCCCAGUCACCUGAACUUCGUACAUACCUGGCCGGACAGAUCGCUCGAGCCUGCGUCGUGUUCAGCAUUGAUGAGAUCGUUGUGUUUGAUGAACAAGGGGAAGAUGUCAAAAGUGUUGAAGGAGACUUUAAAGGCGUUGGGAAGAAGGGACAGGCUUGUAUUCAGCUCGCCAGAAUACUUCAGUACCUUGAAUGUCCACAGUAUCUGCGCAAGUGGUUUUUCCCAAAGCAUCCAGAUUUACAAUAUGCAGGCUUGCUUAACCCUUUAGACAGUCCUCACCACAUGAGGAUGGAUGAGGAAUCUGAAUACCGGGAAGGAGUCGUCCUCGACAGGCCGCCCAAACAAGGAAAAGGUUCAUUAGUCAACUGUGGAAUGAGAAAGGAGGUUCGGAUUGAUAAACAGCUGCAGUCUGGACUCCGAGUCACGGUGCAGCUCAGUAAGACACAGAGUCAAGAAAGCAAACUAUGUAAAGGUAUUGUUGUGGCUCCUCACGUGCCCAGGACUGAAGGAGGUCUUUACUGGGGAUACACUGUCCGCCUGGCAUCUUGUCUCAGUUCAGUUUUCACAGAAAGUCCGUAUAAAGAAGGAUACGAUCUGACUAUUGGCACAUCAGAGAGAGGCAGCAACAUGGACCAAGCAACACUGUCGCCAUUCAAGCAUCUUUUGGUCGUUUUUGGAGGUCUUCAGGGAUUAGAAGCCAGUGUAGACACUGACCAAAACCUGGAUGUCUCUGACCCCAGUGUUUUAUUUGACCUUUACCUCAACACAUGCCCCGAUCAGGGCAGCAGGACCAUUCGUACAGAGGAGGCCAUCUUAAUUUCCAUGUCAGGGCUGAGACAGAAGAUGUCAGCCGCCUUUUCAGGUGUUUCCAGUGGUUCGUUAAAGAACUAGUGGCGGAGCAAAGUAAACAAAGACAUGCUGGCAGAUGAAUCAUCUAACUGGUAUUUACCUUGAGGUUGUCCAUACCUGGAUUUUUUGGCAUUGCCUCUAGUAAACACAGCAGUAACACAUUAGUGCAUUGAUGUUAGCUAAUCUUAUUUCUUUGUUUCUAAAUGACUCAACAAAUUGUACAUAUUUUAAUACAAAUUCUACCCACAUGCUU